UGCUUUUUCCAACGAGGGGCACCGUGGUUGGGCCCCGCACAGCAAUCUCAGAGCACUGCACACAUACCUGCACCCGCAGAAAUACCGUGCACGUACCUACAUGGCAAACGUGUGCUGCUGAAGACAUUGUUGCUUCUUCCCUAGCCAAUUGAAGGCCUGCGCCGAACCCGUCUCGAUUGCGUCAUUUCCGAUAGCGUCUUCCAACGUCUUGACCUUGCAUGCUGGGGUCACAUUUGUUUUGGAGUCCCCCAACGUACGUAGGAGGGAAAAGAUGAGCGGCCAAAAAGUAGAUUACAGCUUAUAUCUCGUGACUGACUCCACAGAAGCCAUUCUCGGCUCCCGCAACUUGGUUGAUGUUGUUGAGCACGCUUUACUCGGCGGUGUCACCAUUGUUCAGUACAGAGACAAGACCUCUGACACCGGCCUCCUCAUCUCCACAGCAAAAGCCCUACAUGAAAGAUGCAGAGCACACAGUAUCCCCCUUGUUAUAAACGACCGUGUUGACGUCGCAUUGGCUAUCGGUUGUGAGGGUGUACAUCUGGGGCAGGAUGACAUGAACGUAGUCGAAGCCCGCCGUAUCCUGGGCAAAGACAAGAUCGUCGGCGCCACCGUCUCUUCCGUCCAGGAGGCCCGGGUUGCCGUUGAACGAGGAGCAGACUAUUUAGGCAUUGGCACUUUAUACGCCACAAACACAAAGAAGAACACCAAGGAGAUAAUUGGCAUUCCUGGCAUCCGCGAGAUACUGAGAUACCUUGACCAAGGGAACGAAGCAGAGAAGAACGUCAAGACAGUGUGCAUAGGUGGAGUGAACGCCUCGAAUGUGCAGCGCGUAACCCACCAACUUCUCGCUCCAACGCCUGUCCAACCCAACCCCAAAACCAUUGACGGCGUUGCUGUAGUAUCAGCCAUAGUCGGAGCCUCUGACCCCAAAGCUGCCUCGCAAAACCUAUUGAAGCUUGUCAAAUCCCCACCACCGUUCAAGCUCAAGUCGACCGAGCCACACUUUUGGCACGAGAAGGAUGAAGAUGAAAUUACGUCUCUCCUAGCCCAAGCGGUCAAAAACACACAAAGGGUCAAGCAGCUAGGUCCAUUGUCCCACAACAUGACCAACCUUGUUGUCCAAAACUUUGCUGCCAACGUCGCCCUCUCCAUUGGUGCCUCGCCCAUCAUGGCGAACUACGGCGAGGAAGCUCACGACCUAUCCCAACUCGGCGGUGCCUUGGUUGUAAAUAUGGGCACCGUCACUCCUGACGGCAUCCUCAACUACCAAAAAGCCAUAUCCGCAUACAACGCCGCUGGCAGCCCCAUUGUCCUUGACCCCGUAGGCGCAGGCGCAACAUCCGUCCGGCGCGCUGCCCUCUCCACCCUCAUGGGCACCGGCUACUUCGACCUGAUCAAAGGAAACGAAAAGGAGAUUCUAGCCGUAGCGCGUGCAUCCGGGUACACGGUGACGGAUAGCUCGCAGCAACGCGGUGUAGACAGCGGCGCCUCGCUCUUCUCGCUAGCCCAAAAAGCAUAUCUCGUCCAGCGCCUUGCAGCUCGCGAGCGUAAUCUUGUCCUCAUGACAGGCGCAACAGAUGUGGUGUCCGACGGCAUACGCACAUAUGCCAUUGCAAAUGGACACGAGUAUCUCGGUCGCAUCACGGGCAGUGGGUGUACACUGGGUACCACGCUAUCCGCCUACCUCGCUGCUAACCCCAAGGAUAAGCUUCAUGCUGCUGUCGCGGCUAUUUUGCAUUACGAAAUUGCGGCUCAAAUUGCUGCUGAGCGACACGAUGUCAGCGGCCCUGGCACGUUUGUGCCCGCGUUUUUGGACGAGCUGUGGAAUUUUGGCGAGGCGGUUGUAAAAGGCGGGGGCGACGCCUUGUUACGGGAGAAGGCAAAGGUGCAGUGUCUCAAGGAUAUUGCGGAUGCGGGGUUGUUAAAGGACUUGUGAGGAAAGUAAAGGGUGGUUUGGAUAUCCCGUUGGAGAAAAAGCACAUGGAAUAAAAGUGUCAAUUACUAAAGCACACCCUUUUGCUCCCCCCUCUCUUUUCAACACUUCUUCAUCAUGAAGCAGAAUGAAAGAGCAGGAGGAGAAAAAAACUG